AUGCCCGCAGGGGUUCCUGCGGCCUUGCCCGAAUACUUCUUCCUUUGCUCACCGCGCGGCAGCAGUGCGGGCGAUCCCGACAGUUCGGGCUGCUCUUCGUGGGACCUGGUCGAGCAAGAGUGCUACGACGAGGGGCAGGUGCUGGACCUGCCGGUGAGUGCGCUGCAGAGCGCCGACGAGACGGUCGAGGGUCUCGAGCUACAGAUGCCAGUGGAGCCAUGGUCUCGCCGCUUCUACCGCCAGAGUGCGACCGACGGUGUGGAGGUGCAGUUGGUGCGCCGCAAGAGCGGCAAUGUGUGGGCCGUCAUCGGUCCGGACUUGACGCUGGGCCUGAUCUGUAUCACGGCGAAGACGUCCAUCUUCGCGGACCCUGUGGCGGGGAUUCGGCGGCGGCCUAUGCCACCUCUUUCUGCAGCCCAGAGGGGCGCCUACGUCAGCCAGGCGACGGAGGGAUUGAGGGCGUCGACGGUGCCGAUGUUGCCGCUUUAUCGCCCCGGCAAGGGUGGUCAGCAGGCGAUCGCGGUGAACGUCCUGUAUGCCGUUUUCAGCUCGGGGGCUUCGUCACUCAAGACGCCGAGGUGGUCUUUGAGGAGUCCCAAGCGUUUCCUGGGUGUGCUGGCCGCGUUGUUCGUAUUGUACGAGCUGCUGGUGUUGCUGGGCGUGAUCGAGUAUAUGAAGGAGGUCUGGGUGUACACGAUCAGCUACCUGGUCACGGCCAAGGAUGCGUUCGUGGAGAGCUCGGAGGUCGUCCAGGAGUGGGCCACCUACUUGUGGGAGUGGCAGGAGUGGGCCCAGAAGCUGAUGCCUCUUCAGCGUUGGUUUGCGAUGUUCUUGUCCCUGAUCCUUCUGACCAUCUGGGCGGCUCACGAGUGGUCGGACAGCGUGGAGCAUGGAGAGUCCUCGAUUGGGUCAUCAAGCGCUUCGAGUGUGGAUAUGCCCGUCGUUGCUACUGCUUCGGUGCCUCCGCCCGUGCCGCCGCCUGGCUAUCUUUCAAGCGGAGAGAGCGCUGCGCUGGCGAGCCAGCUGAACGAUCUCGUGGAGUCCCAGAAGGCCAUGAUGGAGGAGAUCAGCGAGAUCAGGACCGCCGAGAGGACAAGGGAAAUACGUCGGGAUGUACUCGAAGCUUCUCUGGACUCGCGGGGUCGUGCGGACGCCGAGGCCAACAAGCAGGUGAUCGAGGGCAUGAUUGCGCGGCUGGACCAGUUCGAGGCUCGUCUGAAGGGGGACGAGUUCUUCGGCUUCGGCCGUCGCCGUGCUCGGGUCGCCCACGAAGAGUACCCCACGGUGUUGAUGGAGACGCCCGAGAAGCGAGUUGCCACUUCGCAGCCGGAGGCCGUCGAGCUGGCCAUCAAGAGGAUGCGCUUCAAGGCUCAGUUGCCGCAGCAGGUGUUCAUGGAGCAGCUGGACGAGUACAAGGAGAUCGAGCCCGAGGAGUGGAACAGCCGCAUGCCCGAGGGCUACCGGCAGCGGAUCUCGGCCGAGGUGCUGUCGGAGAUCUACUCGUCAGGCAAGACGGCCGAGGCCUGGGCGCGGGACUUCAUCAGGGACCGCGGCCUGAGCGACUGCAACACGGCUCGGGAGAUGAUCGCGGCCUUCGCCGCGGUGGACACGAUGCUGAUGACAGAUCGUCAGAGGGGACUCCUCAACCUGGUGAGCUUCGAGCGGUUGGUGCGAAAGGGCUACGCCAUUGUGAGGGCUUACCGCAACGUGAACAGCCGCGACGACUGGAGCCGCCCCAAGGAUGCCAAGAACUGGAAGUCGAAGGUGGACUGGGAGGCGGCGCGUCGCUUGGACUCCCAGCUCGCCGACGAGAGCACUAUUCGGGUGAUGAGCGCCGAGGAAGAGAUGAAGAAGGCCAUGGGUCGCGACGCGCAGCUGAUGAAGGCGCGCUCCGACCUGGACGGGGGCGCGGUGGCCCCGCCGGGCGAGACGUUUCCAGCUCAAUGGGACCGAGUCGCUCUACCUCCCCCGGGGACCAGACCUGCGAGUGCGAGGUCUGCGUCGCCUCGCGUGGCACAGAAAUUGGAGAUGUUCAAGGAGGAGAUGUUGAGAGAGGAUGACGAGGCUUGUGUUCAGGCCUGCGAGAUGCGCAACUACGUGGGCCCGCAUUUCCGCAAGAAGAAGGAAAUGUUACAGCUGGCCCGACGGAUGGCUCUGGCGGGGAUGUUGUGCCGCACUGCAGUGAAGGUGGACGAGGUCGGGCCCUUUUGCGUCGUGAAGAAGGCGGAGCUGGUGGGGAGCGAGCCCGAGGUGACCCUGAGGCUGGUGUUCGACCAGAGGCGCUCCAACAUGCGAUGGCGGUCUCCCCCGUGGUGUGCCAUGUGCGGCGUCAGUGCGAUGUCGUUUCUGGACGUGUCCGAGGAGAUGAAGGAGGAUGGCGUGACCAUGUGCUUCGGCACGGGCGACCUCCCCGACAUCUACUACAUGCUGGAGCUGGGGGAGGAGCUGGCGCCGUACUUCGUGCUGCCCGGCGUGUCCGGGGAUGCGCUGGACGCGCUGCUUCCCGAAGGUUCGUCUCUGCCUGGGAGUGGGCCCUACGUCGGGGUGAAGGUUGCGCUGAUGGGCUUCUCCUGGGCGUGCUGGAUGGCUCAGACGACCAUGGAGGACAUCUUCAAUACUGGGCCCCAGUUCGGGCUUUCUUCGCUUUCAGGCGACCAACGUUUGGCCGAAGGCGGGCCGCUACCCCAUCUCAGUCGGGAUCUGCCUGCUGCGCACUACGAGUACAUCGACGAUUUCGGCAUCAUGGGCCUGGACUUCCCGACACGGCCUGGCCAGGAGGCGGCGACGACGGUGGAGGAGAUCUGGCUCGGUGCCAAGGAGUUGGUGGCGUCCGCGGGUUUCAAGGUGCACGAGGAUGCUUGCGCGGCGGACGCUCGUAUGAUCGGUGGCGAUCUUCGGGAAACUCGACUGGCGCCGAACCAGGACAAGAUGUGGUUGGCGGCCUUCGGCAUACGGGAGAUCCUGAUCCACAAGUGGGAACUACCCGACACCGUCGCACGGACCGUUGGCAUCCUGUCCUGGGGCUUCCUGAUCUGCUGUGGUGCUUUGAGCGUCUUCGCGGACGUGCACGCAUGGUGCAUGGAGUUCCGAGGUGGAGCUCGGCGCGAGGUCCCACGGGAAGUGCUGAGGGAGUUGGCUGCGGCUACGGCCUUGGUGCCGCUGAUCUCGGUGGACCUCUCGACGCCCUGGGACCCGAUGGUGAUGAUGUUCGAUGCGAGCCUCUACGGUGGUGCGCUCAUCUCUACGGGGGCAACGGUGGAGGAGCAGCGUCGAGAAGCACGAUAUGCAGUUCGAGGAGGCUGGACCGUCUGGACGGGCAUUUCCUCGUCCUGGGCUGCGGACGCCUGGUGCGAGGGGGAGGCCUUCAGACGCGGGGGUACCGACGUGGAGUUGGGCACCCGGAUCCGCGCUCCGCCGGUGCACGAGCGCUGGGACGACAUCGCUCGGUGGAAGGAGGUUGCGCGCUGGAGCUGGGAGGAAAAGGAGCACAUCAACUUGCUGGAGAUGCGCACAGGUGUGGCCGCGGCGAGGCACUCAACCCGCACCCGGGCGAGCUGGGGGAAGAGGCACUUACGCAUCACGGACUCGAUGGUCUGCCUCGGCGGCUUCAGCAAGGGCAGAUCGGCCAGCCGGCCCAUUCUGAUCUUGUGCAGGAGAAUGGCCGCCCUCGACCUCGGGUGCGGCAUGCGGGAGUACUGGCGCUGGGUGCCGUCGGACCGCAACCACAGCGACGGGCCGAGCCGAGGUUUCCCGAUUGGGCAGGCACCGAAGGAGCGGAGGACGGACGAGCUGGCGUUGCCGGAGAAGGUGGCUUCGAGGAUCGAGGCCCUGGCGGACUUGGCGGAAGUGGACCACUUCCAGCCGCUCAGGAUGGGCGUCUCGAUCCCGGACUGGCUGCUCAGGAUCGCGGGCUCGCGAGGCUACCUGAUGAUCUUCACCAGCGUGGACAUCGGCUUCGGGGCGGAGUUCGACUUGACGGACGAGGUCAACGUGCGGAGGCUGGAGCUGCUGGCGGAAGUGGAACGGACGGGGGACACUCAGGCCCUUCAUGCUCUACCUGGUCGCGGGUUCGCUUCCAGCCUGGAGGCCCCGCCCCGCUACGCCUGCGAGAUCAGCUGCGGGGCCGGCCGGAAGGUGAAGCUUGGGAACGCGCAGUUGCUGAGCAGCUUGAGGAUCCUGAAGGCGAUCGGGCUCAAGGGCGGCUCGGCUUCCAUCGAGCAUCCUGCCGAUCCGGGCUGUCCGCCGUUUCCAUCGAUCUUCGUGACCAAGGAGCUGGUGGACUGGGAGGCCCAGGUGGGUGCCUACCGAGUGACCUUCCCGCAGUGCAUGCGGGGCUGCCCCGCGCUGAAGCUGACGACGCUCACGGGGGCGGCCUUCGGGAUGCAGCGGUUUGUUCGUCUCUGCGUGCACGAGAACCACUCGGCGAGCCUCUGCGGCAAGGACGAGAGCGGUCGCUGUCGGACAAGGGUGGCCCAGGCGUGCCCGUCCGACUUCUGCAGGAUGUUGGCGGAGUGCCACGUGAACGCGAUGCUGACCAUGCAGGAGAGACGGGAGGCCGACCUGACCGAGAGGGCCGUGGAGCAAUUGAUUUCAGAGACCCUGGAGCGCAGGCGCCGGGACGCUACGUUGCUGGAAUCAUUACCUGCAGCUUUCCUUCGAGCUUCGGUUUGA